AUAGAAAUGAAUCAAAUGAUCAACCAGCCAUUGGUCAUUUAACUAUUUAUGUACUAUAUAACUAUAUACCUAAUCUAGUGAUUGCUACAAUACAAUACAAUACAGAAUGCAACAAAAACAAAAUGAUAGUAAAUAUUUGUUUUAAGGAAAAAAUCCUAGUAGUUGAUAUAUAUAGCUUCCUCCUCCACAUUCAUUUGAAAGCAAUACCUUAAAAGUACUACUCAUCUGUUAAACCUUCAAAGUAGAGAUAGUCCAAUGAGUAUACCAUUUUCUGUGGCAGCAAAGCCUUCCAUCAUUAGGACCAACAGAAAACCAUAUUGUAGAAGAUAUGAUGUUAUAACAUCAGAAUUAAUCAUGGUUCCAAAACAUAAAACAGCCACCUUUCCUCAGUUGUCAAAACAAGGAGUUUCUGUUGCUGACCUACAUGUACAAGAAGUUGUUGAAAAACAGUCUCAGACAAACAUUUUUGACACUCUAUGUUCUAGUAAUUUCAAGCCACAGUUUGAGCCUAGUUUUCUCAAGGAUGCCUAUGAAAUGUGCAGAAAUAUCUGUUCCGAGUAUGCAAAGACAUUCUAUCUAGGAACUUUGCUUAUGACCGAAGAAAGACAGAAGGCUAUAUGGGCUAUAUAUGUUUGGUGCAGGAGGACAGAUGAGCUUGUUGAUGGUCCUAAUGCUGACUAUAUGAGCUCUGCUGUUCUUGAUAGAUGGGAAGAAAGAUUGCAUGACAUUUUCAAUGGAUGUCCCUAUGAUAUGCUUGAUGCUGCUCUUACAGAUACAAUCUCCAAGUUUCCCUUGGAUAUUAAGCCUUUUAGGGACAUGAUAGAAGGUAUGAGAAUGGAUACGAGGAAAUCACGAUACAAAAAUUUCGAAGAAUUAUAUCUUUACUGCUACUAUGUGGCGGGAACUGUUGGUUUGAUGAGUGUUCCAGUAAUGGGAAUCGCGCCAGAAUCCCUUAUCCCUGCUCAAAGUGUAUAUAAAUCAGCAUUAUAUCUUGGUAUUGGAAAUCAACUCACAAACAUUCUUAGAGAUGUAGGGGAGGAUGCAUUAAGAGGUAGAGUGUACCUUCCACAAGAUGAACUUGGUGAGUUUGGUUUAUGUGACAAUGAUGUUUUCUCAAGAAAGGUGAGUGAAAGAUGGAGAGAGUUUAUGAAACAGCAGAUUGCAAGGGCAAGAUUCUACUUCAACUCGGCAGAAGAAGGAGCUUCUCACCUUGAUAAAGCAAGCCGUUGGCCGGUUUGGUCCUCAUUAAUAUUGUAUCGCAAAAUCUUAGAUGCAAUCGAAGACAACGAUUAUGACAAUUUGACAAAACGAGCUUAUGUAGGACGAACUGAGAAGUUUGUGUCGUUGCCUGCAGCUUAUACUAGAUCUCUCUCAAUUCCCAAAACCGAAUCUCAUGCUUCCUUCACAAGGCAUAUGUAGCAAAUUUUUACCCAAAGGCUAGCGUUAUUUGUUUAUUGUGCAAAAUGCAUACCGCAAAUUAAUUAAUAAGAAAAAAACUAGCUCAAUAUGGACCAGGAAAAAUACUUGGCUUCAGUUCCAGAAAUGAAAAACCAUGGACUAAACAGUUUUACUAUUCAUAUCAAAGUUAGAAAUUCAAGCCAUGGCAGCAAAGAUGUAUGACAAAAUAUAUGUAUGAAUUGGUCAAGUACUGUAAUUAAAUAUAAAUUUGAUGGCUGUAAGUGUUUUGUAUUAACAGGCGGAAUUGACAGGUGAACUUAUCUCAAUUACUGGUUAUGAGUGAUUAUACAAAUUAUACAAAUAUAUAAAUAAAAUAAAAACACCUUGUUCAUGUCAAUAUC